ACUUGGAAAGUGUCCAUACUUCUUGUUUUUGUCUCCAUUUCUUUUUCUUUCUUUUUCCCGACCACGCUCUAGACUUCUGCCCUUAGGUUCCCUUGUAUUCUUAUUCUUUGGUCUUCCCCGCUACUCUUUUCUUCUUCAACUCGACGUGAUUCCUACACAAAUGAUGACCAUGGCGCAUAACCAUGAGGAUGUGCCCAAGCGGCCCAAGGGCAUCCUCAAGAACUCCAGCGGAAACGUCCCUCAGACAGCUCACUCGACAGAGAAUUUCUUCAUCGAUCCAGCACGUAUGGACAACGUCGACACGAAGGAAAUUACCCUGCAGAACACACUUCAGAACGCUGGUCGGCGCCGGUCGUCAUCCAAUAUGCGCCCUGGGUCGUCUUCUCGACGACAAUCUUUGGCGAGCAUCCGCGGCCACGACGAGGAGAUCUCUCCGCGCUUGAAGUGGGACGAAGCGAACCUGUACCUGACCGAGCAGCAGAAAUCAGCCAAGAUGAAGAUCGACGAGCCCAAGACACCGUUUGCUCCGCACUAUGAUCCCGCCGAGGACGAAGAGGAACUGCGACUCGCAGAAGCAGAGGAGAGCUUGAUCGACGCGCAGGAUGUGGUGGUUGAUGAACUGGACAAGACCAAGAAGGGACCUCGGAAGGGGACCUCCGUGGAUGAUAUUCCCGACCUGGAACUCGGAGAGCCCGAAGAGCCAUCAUACGCAGUGGGCAGCGGAGAGGGGAAUCGGAUCAUCCGCGAGCGCAGUCUGAGCAACGAGUCGCACCGCAGCGACAAACAUGUUGUAGUCGGAACAGGAGAGGAGAACCAUGUCGGUGCGGAUGGGGAUCAUCUCAUGACGACGGAAGAGGCCAGAGAGAAGCAUCGCCAGUUUGAGCAGAUGCGCAAGAGGCAUUAUGAGAUGAGGAAUAUCAAGGAACUUCUAGCGCAUCCCGAAAACCUAGACGAGAUGGAAGAAGAUGAUGGUGACGACAACGACAAUGGCUCAGCAAACCCUCCACGAUGACCAUGAUCCCAGAGAAGUUCACAAUUCGCUGUUCUCAAUAAGAUCAUGUCGAUCUGUGACCUUGGAUUCCCGCCUUCGAUGAGUGUUUGUGUCUUAUUUCUGUCAGUGUAUAUUCCCCAGCGAUUGCAUUUUUCUGCGUUGUGAAGAGUAUCAGGGGUAAUUGGGAGUGAAACUCCCACCCAGGUCAUUUUCUCUUCAUUUUCCGAUGAAGAAAUCCCACCGUCCCUGUCGGGUUUUCAGUCAGGAUAGACGAUAAGUAUGUGAAAUUGUAUGUGUAUUGAGGGUAAAUAGGACUCGGUUCAAGAAAUGGAUUGCCACUUG